GUUAAAAAAAGGCGGUGAUCUGUGACAUCUUAUUUCUGACUGGUUUACCUCGUCUUCCACUGGUUUACCUCGCCUCCCACUGGUUUAUCUCACCAUUCACUGGCUUGUCUCAUCUAUCAAAGUGGUUCACGAGACUUCUUGUAUAAUGAACGAACAGGAAGUGGUUCCAAGUGAUGCAGAUUACCCUGCUUUAGAGACGUUAAUGCAGUGUGCUACUCAGAGAAACUACAACAGAUUUUGUUCCAUCAUAGAUAAAUAUAUUUGCCUCUCUCAUGGUCUUUCACCACCAGACACAGAUAGUAAAAGCUUUGAGGAACCACUUCCGAAAUACGACCUGCAAUUCAAAUCCAGCUACAGUGCACCAAGACAAUCUUUAGAGACCAGUAAAAGCUUGGAAUGCAGCACAUCAGUCAAUGGUUUAAAAGACUUAGAUUUCUCCAAGGAAGUGCAGGAGUUACUGAAUAAGCGUAAAAUAGAGUUGUGUUUGCCAGAAGACUAUCAGAUUAAAGAGAUAGAGGAAGAUAUAUUUGAAAAUAAAUCUCUUUUAUUGCAUAAUACAUUUAGUCCAAGUGAUAGUAGUGCACUUUUAACUGGUAGUGAUGAAAGUCAAUGCAGUAAUUCUAAACAGAUUAAAGUAAAAGAAUUUUUAAAAGAGACAUCAGAAAACAUGAAAAAAUUAGUAAAAGGACCGAAAAAUUUACAUAGUAAUGAGAAUGGGAAGAAUUAUCACGAUAAUUUACCAAUUAAAGGGCGAAGAAAAAGAAAUUGGGCCAAGACAAAAAAGGUAUACGAUAUCAGGAGUGUACCAUUACCAUCUGACAAACCGACACCCAUAGUUAUAUCAGUGCCUACUGGUGCACCAACACCUAUUGGUACACCAACAUCCACUGGUGUAUCAACACCCACUGGUAUACCAGCACCCACCAGUAAACCAUCAUCCACUGAUGCACCAGUGAAUACAUCUACUGGGGGACCAGCCGUCACUGGUGCACUGACAAACACCAUUGUGCUAUCGUCAACUGGCAUACCAACACCCACUGAUGUGCCAGCAUCCACCAGUUCACCAGUAUCCACUGAUGCACCAGUAUCCACCAGUUCACCAGCAUCCACCAGUUCACCAGCAUCCACCAGUUCGUCAUCUUUCACUCAUGCACAAACAUCCACCAGUUCACCAUUAUCUGCUCAGAACCUACUGGAUAUUACACCAAAUGCCUGUGGAAUUGUUCUUACAGAAUUACUUGAUGUUAUUUUUGUGCCUCCAGUUAAUCAGAAAAAUAUACUUGCAUCCUAUAUGAGUAACAACAAUCAUUAUCCCUUAUAUUCUCUUGCUUUCACUGACAGCAAAAGAAAUGAAGCAUCACAGCAGCUGGAAAGCCUACCAAAUACUUCUGUUACAGGAGGUUCCUGUCAAAAAGAGCCAAAAGGAACACUGAAGUUGAAGAAGAGAAGUAAUUCGUUUCAAAAUAUGAGUACCAAUAAGAAAGCUAAGAUGGAAGAUGAGGAUAAGAAUGCUGAAUGUCAUAAAGUGCAGCCAGAAGAAAUGCAUUCUAAACAUAGAGCUAAGCAUUCUUUACUAGAAGAAAUGCAUGACUUGUCAGAAAAUAAGGUAAUGAAGAAAACAGGGAAAAAUAGGGCAACUGGUGAAAAUAGUUUUCAAGUUGUUGGUACAAAGAAAAUAUCUCCGAAAUAUAAAAAUUUACGUUCACACACUCAAGAAAGUUACGUUUUACCUGGAAUUGAAGUAAUCAAUAAGGAAAUGUGUGAAAAGAGACAGACAGGGAGACCCAGGAAAAAUAGUGCAACUGGUAAAAAGAGUAUUCAGAGUGAUUGUACAAGGAAAACAACUCAAAAAAAUAGAACUUUGUGUUCACAGACACAAAGUCACAUUUUACCUGAAAAUGACGUAAUCAAUGAGGAAGUGUGUAGAAAGAGACAGAGAGGGAGACCCAGGAAAAAUAGUACAUCUGGUAAAAAUAACUUUCAAGCAGUUUGUACGAAAAAAUUAUAUCCAAAAUGUGGAAAUUUGCAUUCAAACACACAAGAAACUAACAUUUUACUUGAAAAUAAAGUACCAGUAAUAACUGAUGAAGAAAGAGUGCAAACUCGAUCUAUGAGAAAAGGAUUGUCACAGAGAACCUGGCAGUCACAAGUAGAAUUGCCCACAUUAACUGAAAAUAGGCUAACAAAAAAAGCAGAUGAAACUACAAAGACAGGAUUGAAAGUUUUAAACAUGGUGAAAGCUUCACCAGUGAAAGAUAGUUCAUGUGAUAACCUGUACAAUCUUUCUGUAAAGGAAAUGGUUCCAAAAUGUAGUUCACAUUUGUUACCAAAAAAAAUUUGUAGCAUAAAUGAAGAUAAAACAGUAAAGGAACUGACUGGUAAGAGGAGGACAAGGGCCUGGGAAAAAACAGGAGAUAAGCGCAUACUGCAGGCUCAGUUUUUGCAGAAUUUGUCACUUACAAUGAAGAAACCAGAAAACAUUUCAGGAAGUAAUGCAGUGGCUUCAUGCCCAUCAAAAACUGCAUCUCAUGUGCAGGAAAGAAAGAUUUCUCAUAAUUCAUCUAAAGGCUCAUUCCUUCCCAAAUCCCCUUCAAAACAGCAAAGUAAUAGACCUAAACAAAAAAGAACAUGUGAAGAGGGAACAUUAGUAACUGUUUCUGAAAAAGUUCAGGUCAGUAAUGAACCACACAAAGUGAUACAAAGCACUUUGCUGGAAGAAUGUCAUAAUGAGGAAACCUCAUCAUUGAAAUUACCAAGAGAAUCUGAAACAGAGGCUACCCAUAUGUCCUGUAGGGACGAUACCCUUUUACAAAAAAUGAAAGGUAAGCUAGUACUUAAUAAGAAAUUAUCUGAAUCCAGUAGCCGUCUUGUCUUCCGGUUCUUUAGCAAGGAUGAAGAAAGAAAGAGGAGGAACAGGUUUAAUUUGUUAGAAGAUAGCCUAGAUAGUGACAAUAAAGCACCCAGAAGAGAAGAUGACAAUGCUACAGCAGACCAAAUGGAAAAUGUAACAGUGGCACCUGAUGGAACUUCGAGUAAUACUAGUGGUACACAAAGAGAAGUCAACAGUACAUCAAACAAACAUGUUGAAAACAGAACAACAAACAAUCAAAACUGGCAUAAAUGUUUAGAAGAUGAUAUAAUUGCUGAUAUAGAUGUAACAAAGAAGAGACAUCAGUCUUCUGAUGGUAAAGUGGCAAUUAGUCAUUGUAAAGUUGCUGGAAAACCUGUACAUCUUGAAGAGCACAAGAUGUCUCAGAAAGAUACAGAACAAGAUUUUUCAAGAAUUGUUGAAAAUGUCAUAGUACCUGUAUUACCUUCGCCUAGUGCCAAACCAACUGAUAUCUUGACAGUUCCUGAAGACAGUAAAAUGCACAUUGAAACAAAUGACAAUGACUAUUCCCCAAAGAUGAAAGAUUAUGGUUUAGUAUCUCAGGAAAUUUCAAAGAGUUUGGAAGAAGAAUGUCUUACAUACAGAAAAACUGCAGAAAAUAAAAGAUUAGGUCUACAAAAACAAGUUGACUCAGGCACACAAACUCAGUUAAAUGGGCAUGUAGCUCAAGAUGUACACAGAAAGCAUCCUUCUCAUCCUGUAGAUGAUUCUGAGUCGGGUGAAGAAUUGCAUCUGCAUUCCAUUGUGGAGAGCACUUCAGUAAGUGUUGGUCACCGUGGUAGCCUCCGCAGUUUCUUAAAGGUCUGGGAUACAUUUUCCAACUCAAAGCUUCAGAGCAUGCAAAUGGAAAGUUUCCAGACUAGCCAACAGAGUAACAAGACACAGAAAAAUGUAUCAAGUUUCUGGAGCAUUGACAGCGAUGAAAUGCACAGCGACCAGGAAACUGACGCUUCACAAAAUUCAGCAUUACUACGUAAAAAAAGUAGAUAUGGUGAAGCUCAGCACAUUUCACUCUCAAGUUGUCAGAAAUCAGGGACAAGACUGAUAAACACAAGUUCUGUACCUGACUAUAGCAUUUUGGGAGGGGACCGCUGGGUUUCUGCAGUCAAAAAAAUUAAUGCAAAUAAAAAGCCUAUUUUGCACCUGGCUUCACAUGCACAUAUUGUAAAGAAAACCAACAAAAAUAAAAACAGGUAUGGAAGGAAAAUGAGCUAAACAACAAAUAUAUGAAGAAAUCACAUAAUAGCUUAUUAAAAAUAAGUAAGUAUAACAGUGAACCUUUUGAUAUGCUGUUCUUGUGAAUUAUACAGUACAGUACCUAGAAUGAUUUAAAACUGGCUGAAGAUUGUCCCAAGAGUAACAAGUUUGUCACAAGGGUAACAGAAGUUUGUCAUGUGUAACAGAAGUUUGUCACAAGAGUAACAAGUUUGUCCUAAGAGUAACAGAAGUUUAUCCCAAGAGUAGCAGAAGUUUGUCCCAAGAGUAACAGAAGUUUGUCACAGAAGUAACAGAAGUUUUCACAAGAGUAACAGAAGUUUGUCACAAGAGUAACAGAAGUUUGUCACAAGAGUAACAGAAGUUUGUCACAAGAGUAACAGAAGUUUGUCACAAGAGUAACAGAAGUUUGUCACAAAAGUAACAGAAAUCUGUCACAGAAGUAGCAGUCUUCACAAGAGUAACAGAAGUUUGUCACAAGAGUAACAGAAGUUUGUCACAAGAGUAACAGAAGUUUGUCACAAAAGUAACCGAAGUUUGUCACAGAAGUAACAGAAGUUUUCACAAGAGUAACAGAAGUUUGUCACAGAAGUAACAGAAGUUUUCACAAGAGUAACAGAAGUUUGUCACAAGAGUAACAGAAGUUUGUCACAAAAGUAACAGAAGUUUGUCACAAGAGUAACAGAAGUUUGUCCUAAGAGUAAUUAGCACAUUUUUUCCAUCUGGAAAUUUUAUAUUCAUUCAAGAAAGAAAUGAUGGCAGAUAAUAUUGACAGUACAUUAGUACAGUACUUUUAAUAGGAUUCCUCAUGAGAGAAUUGUCUGGAAAUUGCAAAAUAGAGGACGUAGAUGAAAGUAGACUUAUUGUUUGAAAGAAAUUUUUUUAUGAAUGAUAGUAGGGAAAAAUAUCUUUGAGGUUAUGGCAUUAAUAAGGUACCAUAAGCAUCAGAGUUCAUCCCAGUGAUAAUUUUAAUUUUAUAACAUAUGGAGGAUGUGCCAGAAGGAAUAUGUAAUUAAUUAUAUGACUUAUGUUUAGAUAUGAUGCUUCUGCUUGCUCUGUUGGCUGUUGCCUCAUUGGUCACUCCUUGGUAACUGCCCUAGGCUGGCUGGCUGGCUUCAAGACACAUUCUUUCCCAGAACUAUUUUUAAUUGUAGUUGUAAAAGUAAUAGGAUUAAUAAUAGUACAAAGUAGUAGAAGUUAUAGUAGUAGUGACAGCUGUUUUAUUACAUCUCAUUGGGAUGGGGUAGCUUAGGUGCAUCUCCAGCCUUCUCCACUGCAUGUUCUGCCAGAUCACAAAGGAUAAUAAGUAUGCCCUUUGUAUACUACUACUAUUACAUUCAUGGCACUGUAUAACCUGUAGGGGGUCAUACAGUGCCUGGGCAAUGGGAAGGGCAGGAAGUAAUCAAAGAUUGAUCCAAGGAAAGGAAGGGGUAUCUCCAAUUUAUAGGAUCAAGAUCCCUUACUAGCAUCAAGACAUUUCCCUGCUCAAGAAGUAAUGAAAGGUAGCUACUCUAAAACCUGUUCUGCUCUGUCUAACUUUUGUUAAGCAGAAAUGAGUUUUAAAGUGAAACAAAGGAAGCCGUAAGAAGUGGCAUAUAUUUUUUCUUCUUUUUACAAGCUGUGUAGUCAUGGGAUAUUGUACCUGGUAUGUUUACUCUGUCAGACCUCCACUCUUGAGAUAUUACCUCUAGUGCCAAUGCUGUCCAUAGCAUUUUAUUCACAGUUGUUCUGUUAUCCCAGCUUUGAUUGCUACAUUCUCAUCCUAUUUCAUUUUCUUCUCAUAAUUUCCCCCCCUCUCUCUCUCUGUUAAGCAGCAUUGAAUAUCUCUUACAGAUUUAGUAUUUUCCAUGAGUACAGUAGAGUAUUAGUAUACAUAUGAUUUUGCUGGAAAUCCUAUAAAUAACACUGCCUGUUAACCCUUAAAUGGUCCAAACAUAUAUAUACGUUCACGUGCGUAGUGCCCCAAACGUACAUAUACGGUAUUGUGCCUUUUCUUGUUAUAUACGUUUUCUUUGUCAUUUAUUCAACAUUGCCACGAUAAGCCUGAGUCACCUAGACAUGAGAGAAUUAUUAAAAUAAUUGGGGAUGCCUGGGUACCAUAUGCUCUUUUUUCCUAUUAAAAAAAUUUUUUUUUUUUCUCAAAAAAAUUUGGGGCGCUACGCAAGUGAACUUAUAUAUAUGUUUGGACCGUUUAAGGGUUAAAAAACUUUUCUACAGGCCAAUGUUUCUCUGACUACACUCACAUAAAACAUUAGUACUGUCUUUCAGAUUCAAUGAGGCCUUAGAAAACUUGGAAAUGGACCUUAUGAGGCUAUACCAUGAUUCAGAUAUUUUAGAGAGCACAUUAUGUCACAAUACUCUCUUAAGUAUUGAUUUUAAUUUACAAUAAAGUUUAUAUAAGUACCUGUAUUAUGGAGUUCAAAAAUUACUAAAGCCCACAUGCUAGGAUUAAGCAUAUUAUACAGUACUAAGCAUUAUAUCUUUUGCAGCUUAAUGCCUCUGAGAUAGAUCCAGCCUUUAGAGAACAUUUCUUCCCACUUGCCUGAACUAGAAACUGGUAUUUCAGUCAACUUUUUAGUUAAAUAGAGCUAACCUCUCAAGUUGAGUUAAUUAUUUGUUAGGUUGUAGAUUACAUAAGAACAAGCUUGCUUGACAAUUAAAUAAACCUGAUAUAUCUUGACCUGCUAGCUAGCUAGCAGCUAAAUUUUCUGCAUAUAAUAUCAUUACCAUUUUUUAGACUUUAAAUUCUUGGUUACAAGAAAUGACCAGUUGAAUAGUACCUGAAGUGUGAAUUUAACAGAUUUUAAUGAUUACCAUAUAUGAAAAUUUUAUUCAGGCUGUACUUCACUAUUUCUUUGUUAGCAUUAUAAUAAUGCAAAUUUAGUUUAAAAAGGCACUUGUUAGAAAAGGAGAUCUUUAUUAGUUUAACUGUUGACUUACAUGAGGCUUUUUCAAGUACAAUGCAUUAAAUAUCGAAAGUGACUCUUACAUGCAUUAGUGCUGUGAAGUGGUGGGAUCAGAUGCUGAACUAGGUUGAAAUCAGAAGAAAGCGAGAUGUCCCAUUUGGUGUACAUGAGGUGACCUGUCAGGUGAGGAGGUAAGAUGGUCUUAUCAGAUACGGAUGAGAUCCACUGCAACGUUAGGCAGAGUCUGCCUCAAGGAGUCAGGUCAUGAUAAAUUGUGUUAUUUGUGUUUGAUCCAGACCACCUAACAUUACCUGACUUCUAUUGCCAUGGACUCUGCACCUGAUCAGACUACCUGCCUUACCUGUGCCUAACUGGUCACCUCACCUAUACUUUAGCAGACAUUCAUAUAUAUAUAUAUAUAUAUAUAUAUAUUUUAUUGUGCCAAAUAUGUAAAACUGGUCAGUUAGCAAGAACUCAUUUAAAAUUAAGUCCUUUCUGAAAUGUUCACUUAUACAUUUAAAGAUAUAUUUUUUUCAUUAGUGUUAAUGUAAAAAAAUUUAAUUUUGCACCAAAAGAAUCUUAGAAAACUUACCUAACCUUAUUAUAACAAAAGCAAUUUAUUUUAGCCUAACCCAACUAAAUAUAUUUUAGAUUUGUUUACAGUAAUUUAAUACUAAACAAACACAGUGAUAUAUAUUUUUUUCGUUAGGUUCAGAAUGAUUUUGACGAAAUUAUUGCAUACACAAAUUUUCACUUGUCCUAUAUGGCAAGAUGAACGUUGCUAUUUAAGCCAAGAUCGCAAAUUCUGCCUAUUCGGCAUGACAUAUAUAUAUAUAUACAGUGGACCCCCGCUUAACGAUCACCUCCAAAUGCGACCAAUUAUGUAAGUGUAUUUAUGUAAGUGCGUUUGUACGUGUAUGUUUGGGGGUCUGAAAUGGACUAAUCUACUUCACAAUAUUCCUUAUGGGAAAAAAUUCGGUCAGUACUGGCACCUGAACAUACUACUGGAAUGAAAAAAGUUCGUUAACCGGGGGUCCACUGUAUAUCUUUCUUUCUUUCAACACACCAGCCGCAUCCCACCAAGGCGGGGUGGCCCAAAAGGAAAAACAAAAGUUUCUCCUUUUACAUUUAGUAAUAUAUACAGGAGAAGAGGUUACUAGCCCCUUGCUCCCGGCAUUUUAGUCGCCUCUUACAACGUGCAUGGCCUACGGAGGAAGAAUUCUGUUCCACUUCCCCAUGGGGAUAAGAGGAAAUAAACAAGAAUAAGAACUACAAAGAAAAUAGAAGAAAAUCCAGAGGGGUGUGUAUAUAUAUGCUUGUACAUGUAUGUGUAGUGUGACCUAAGUGUAAGUAGAAGUAGCCAGACUUACCUGAAAUCUUGCAUGUUCAUGAGACAGAAAAAGGGACACCAGCAAUCCUACCAUCAUGUAAAACAAUUACAGGUUUUUGUUGUACACUCACUUGGCAGGAUGGUAGUACCUCCCUGGGUGGUUGCUGUUUACCAACCUACUACCUAGGAUAUACAGUGGACCCCCGCUUAACGAUCACCUCCAAAUGCGACCAAUUAUGUAAGUGUAUUUAUGUAAGUGCGUUUGUACGUGUAUGUUUGGGGGUCUGAAAUGGACUAAUCUACUUCACAAUAUUCCUUAUGGGAAAAAAUUCGGUCAGUACUGGCACCUGAACAUACUACUGGAAUGAAAAAAGUUCGUUA